AUGGCCAGCAACACGGUGGACAGUGCCAACCACCUGCCCUUCUUCUUCGGCAACAUCACCCGGGAAGAGGCCGAGGAUUACCUGGUCCAGGGAGGCAUGACCGAUGGGCUCUACCUGCUGCGCCAGAGUCGCAAUUACCUGGGCGGCUUUGCCCUGUCGGUGGCCCACGGGAGGAAGGCGCACCACUACACCAUCGAGAGGGAGCUCAACGGGACCUAUGCCAUCGCUGGUGGCAGGACGCACAGCAGCCCCGCCGAGCUCUGUCACUACCACUCGCAGGAGUCAGACGGCCUCAUCUGCCUCCUCAAGACACCCUUCAACCGGCCCCCCGGGGUGCAGCCCAAGACCGGGCCCUUUGAGGACUUGAAGGAGAGCCUCAUCAGGGAGUACGUGAAGCAAACGUGGAACCUGCAGGGCCAGGCUCUGGAGCAAGCCAUCAUCAGUCAGAAGCCGCAGCUGGAGAAGCUGAUCGCCACCACCGCCCACGAAAAGAUGCCCUGGUUCCACGGGAAAAUCUCUCGGGAUGAAUCCGAGCAAACCGUCCUGAUCGGAUCGAAGACGAAUGGAAAAUUUCUGAUCAGGGCCAGAGACAACAACGGGUCCUAUGCGCUGUGCCUGCUGCACGAGGGGAAGGUGCUGCACUACCGCAUCGACAAAGACAAGACCGGGAAGCUCUCCAUCCCAGAGGGGAAGAAGUUCGACACACUCUGGCAGCUGGUGGAGCAUUAUUCUUACAAACCCGAUGGUUUGUUACGAGUCCUCACGGUUCCAUGUCAAAAAAUUGGCGCGCAGAUGGGAAAUGUUAAUUUUGACGCUCGCCCACAACUUCCAAGCUCCCAUCCUGCGACGUGGUCGGCGGGUGGAAUAAUCUCCAGAAUCAAAUCUUACUCCUUCCCAAAGCCUGGCUCCAAAAAGCCACCCCCGCCCCAAGGGAGCCGGCCGGACAGUAGCAUCUCGUACAACCCCUACGAGCCAGACAGAGGUCCCCAGAGGGAAGCCAUGCCCAUGGACACAGAAGUGUACGAGAGCCCGUAUGCUGACCCCGAGGAGAUCAGACCCAAAGAGGUCUACUUGGACCGGAAGCUGCUGACCCUGGAAGACAAAGAACUGGGCUCCGGCAACUUUGGGACCGUGAAGAAGGGCUACUACCAAAUGAAGAAGGUGGUGAAGACAGUGGCUGUGAAAAUACUGAAGAACGAGGCCAACGACCCAGCCCUGAAAGACGAGCUGCUGUCGGAAGCCAACGUCAUGCAGCAGCUGGACAACCCCUACAUCGUGCGCAUGAUCGGGAUCUGCGAAGCCGAGUCGUGGAUGCUGGUGAUGGAGAUGGCGGAGCUCGGGCCUCUCAAUAAGUACUUGCAACAGAACAGGCAUGUCAAGGACAAGAACAUCAUAGAGCUGGUUCAUCAGGUUUCCAUGGGGAUGAAAUACUUGGAGGAGUGCAAUUUUGUGCACAGAGAUCUGGCUGCAAGGAAUGUACUGCUGGUCACUCAACAUUACGCCAAGAUCAGCGACUUCGGACUUUCCAAAGCUCUGCGUGCUGACGAGAACUACUACAAGGCGCAGACGCACGGGAAGUGGCCCGUGAAGUGGUACGCACCCGAGUGCAUCAACUACUACAAGUUCUCUAGCAAGAGCGACGUGUGGAGCUUCGGCGUGCUCAUGUGGGAGGCGUUUUCCUACGGGCAGAAGCCGUACCGGGGCAUGAAAGGUAGCGAAGUCACCGCCAUGCUGGAGAAAGGAGAGCGGAUGGGGUGCCCUCCAGGGUGCCCGAGAGAGAUGUACGAGCUGAUGAACCUGUGCUGGACGUACGAGGUGGAGAAGAGGCCCGGGUUUGUAGCGGUGGAACUGCGGCUGCGCAAUUACUACUACGACGUGGUGAACUAAGGGCUCCUCUGCCUGACCCGGGCUGCCCUGGAUCGCACCAGAAAGCGAACUCAGCAGCUGACUCGG